AUGCGAACGCAGAAGACCAAGAAAAGCACGAGCAAGGCGGCAAAGCCCGUGAAGCGACUGCGGAAGGAGCAGAAGGCCGGACUGAUCCUCCCGGUCGCCCGCAUCGAGCGCCGAUUGCGGACGGGGCAGUGGAACCCGCGGACGAGCCCCAUCGCGGCGGUGUACAUCGCGGCCGCCGUGGAGCACGUCCUGCGGCGCAUCCUGGCCCUGUCCAUGGUGUGGGCCGAGGCCAUGGAGCGCGUCCGCGUCACGCCGCUCUUCGUCGCGCUCGCCGUCAAGGCCGACCCUGAGCUCGACGCCCUGCUCGGCGACGCCAUGUUCAAGGACGGAGGCGCGGCAGAGUACGUCCUCUAG